AUGGGGCUGCAGGCUCUGCCUGACUCCCUCCAUCCUCCCCAGAUCGUGGUGUGGGAUGAGGAUUUCUUCCAGGGCAAGAAGCACGAGUUCACCACUGACUGCUACAGCACCGCAGAGCACGGCUUCAGCACCGUCCGCUCCUGCAAGAUCGAGAGUGGGGCAUGGGCUGGCUUCGAGCACUGUGGCUUCCAGGGGCAGCAGUUUGUGCUGGAGCGUGGGGAGUACCCGUGCUGGGAGGCAUGGAGCGGCAGCAACGCCUACCACGUGGAGAGGAUGUGCUCCUUCCGCCCCAUCACCUGUGCUGACCACGGGCGCAGCAGGCUCAUGCUCUUUGAGGAGGAGAACUUCCAGGGCAAGCGGGGGGAGCUGAGCGAUGACUGCCCCUCGCUGCCCGCCCUGGGCUGGGAUGGCAGCGCCGUGGGCUCCUUCCUCGUCCGCUCCGGCGCGUGGGUCUGCUCACAGUUCCCAGGGUACCGUGGCUUCCAGUACCUGCUGGAGAGCGACAGUCACGCCGGCGAGUACAAGCAUGUGAGGGAGUGGGGAUCCCAUGCACAGACAGGACAGGUCCAGUCCAUCCGCAGGGUCCAGCAGUGA